CUAAUCAUGGUCGCCCGGAAUAUCGACGAGAAAACUAGCCUCUCCUAUCUUUCCUUUUUCUGCUCUCAAUCUAGCAUUCUUUUCGAGUUAUUCGCAUUCCUCUUUCUGUUGUUGGCGACCUAGGACCUACUGGCAGUUGCACUGACUCUCCCCGCCCGCCAUGUCCGACAAGAAGAAGCGGGGCAGUGACGACAAGAUCGCAAACACUCACCGCAACGAGGCCAAUUCUUCCCCAAGUACCAAUGAACGCCCGGAAAGUCCUUCUCUAGCUACUCGAAUCCAAAACUCAGCUUCGGGGCUUGCAAAGAAUGUUUUUUCCGCUCCUGGCUCGUCCGCAGAUUCCGCUCAACUGCUGGCUGGCAGCAGUAAGGCCGGCCACUCCUCGUCACACUCGGCGCUAGCAGCAGCCCAGCAUUACACAGAAAGUUCUACUACUUCUGCCUCUCCCUCGACUGGGAAUUCUUCACUACCUGCCCCUGCUGAAGCAUUUCGCUCAGCUACCACCGUGCAACAGGGAGGGUUCCAGCUCCCUCCACUUUCGGAAGAUGAAUUCCAACGCACUUACGGCGCGGAAUCCCUGGUCGGAAACAAUGACAGCUUCAUUGCAGGUCUAAACGCGGACGAAUCUACGGGCAAAGGGAAAGGGAAAGGAAGAGAUACUGCAACGAAUUUACUCUCCGGCGACUAUACUAAUCCAGUUUCAACCGAACAACGGUUCCAACCCGACCGACCCUCUCUCCUCCCAUCCGACGGUGACGCAGUCGUAUCCCUCCUCUCUGAUCAGAGCUUCGAUCCCGAAUUCCCUCCCACGGCCGACGAGCCCGCCGAGAUAGUCGAAACAGAGCUGCUUCCAAUGCAACUCACACCCGAAGAAAAAGAAAUGAUCGAGUCCUUCCGUCGUCUUACACCCCCAACAUCGUCCACAGCGCUGCCCUCACACGACAAUAAUAUAUUGACCUCCCACAGUCUGGUCCCAGACAUUGGCGAAUUCCUAGACACUGUCCCAUCACAAGGCCAUUCAGACGUAGCCACCCUGCGGGAUACCGUCCUGACCGGUCUCCCGGGCGCAGCGGACUGGCUUAGUGUCGAGGACCGAUACCAUGACGAGGUCUGGGGCUACCUUCGCCCUACGCUAGAGGCUGCGGCCAAGGAAAUGGAAUCCAAUAAGGACUCCGGAAGCACGGAAGAGGGGCCUGCCGUGCGACGUCUGAAGAUGAUCUUGAGGCACAUGCAGCAAUGACCCGGACUUGCCGAGGACUCGGCUUACUCAUAUUGUUCAAUUGUAUUAUAAUGAUCGGAUAAUUGGAUCACUGAAGCUAGGAUACAUUUACAUCAUUGCUUCUUUCUUCGCUGGUUUCGGAUAUGUACUGUAUUUUACUGGUGUCGUUGCAGCUGUCUAUUAUCUGCUGCUAUCUUUACCUUUAAGUCUUACAUAUCUGGCAGCGACUAUGUCUAAGAACAAUUGACUAGGAUUGUAUCUUACAUACUAGACACAUAGUGACUCCUGAAAAAGAGCCUAUUCAUCAUCACCAAGGACGUGGAUAUGAACAUGCUCGACAAAACAAACAGGUAAAUAAAUAAAGAAAAUGGCUCUAGGCUAGGGGUCUGGCCCUUGACACGGCCGAUCACAAUGUGACCAGCGUACUUGGGGAUGACCUCGUCGUCGUGGAGCAUUGCGAACUCUGUGAUUGGGGAUUGAAGUUAGUAUAUAUAUAUUCUGGAGAUGAG